AUGGCUCGAAACAGCGAAAAGGCGCAGUCCAUGCUGUACCGCUUUCGGGCGCAGCAGGCAGCGGACAUGGGCAUCAUAGACGUCACCCGUACUCGACGACCAAAGGCCAUCACCAGUAUCGACGCGGUCCCCACGUGCGAGCGCUGGCGCGGCCAGGUUCUGAAGGAGGUCUCUCGCAAAGUCUCGCGCAUCCAAGAGCCCAGUCUCAGCGAUUACCAGAUCCGCGAUCUGAACGACGAAAUCAACAAGCUCAUGCGGGAGAAAUGGGCAUGGGAAAUGCAGAUUAAAAAUCUCGGCGGGCCGAACUACAUGCGCGGAUCAGGUCGGGUCUACGACGACGAAGGGCGUGAAAUACCUGGCGGUGGCAAGGGUUAUCGAUAUUUCGGUCGUGCGAGAGAGUUACCUGGUGUCAAGGAGAUGUUUGAGGCGGCGUCGCGCCGGGGAAAGGGCCCUGCGGAGGAACAGGAGGGCGCUGGUUCCGGUCGCGGUGGAGACAUUGCGACCAGGAAGGUCGAUGCAAACUACUUUGGCUAUGGCCUUGAUGAAGAGGAUGGAACGCUGCUAGCAUAUGAGAAGCAAAAGGAGAAAGAGGCGGUUGAGCAUUUGCGUGGUCAGGGCGAUGACGACGCUGAGGAUGGCUGGGAACCACUACCUGGUGAUGCCGGAGACGGUGUGGAAUGGCGACUUCCUACACUCGACGAAGUUCAAGAGGAGAUGGUCGACCGACGACGGAGACGCCUAUUGGACAAAAUAUCCUGA